AUGAAUACUCCUUAUAAGUUCAAUUUACUUUACCGUGCUAAUAGGGAUGGUAAUACGCCAGAAGGUUUUCAUGCUAAAUGUGAUAACAAAGGAGCUACUAUAAUUGUAGUAAAAAUUCAAAAUUCAGAACACAUGGUUGGAGGAUAUAAUCCACUUUUUUGGGAUUCAAGUAAUUCUAAUAAAUCAACAAAAGAUAGUUUCAUAUUCUCAUUUACGGAUAGAAAUAACCUUCAAACUGCAAAAGUAGGUUAUAUUAAAGAUGGACGAUAUGAAAAUGCUGUAUAUUCCAGUCAAAAUUAUGGUCCAAGAUUUGGCGGCGGACAUGAUCUGUGGCAAUUUAACAAUUUAAAUAAUAAUAAUAAUACUUGGGGAAUUAACAAUCCAUAUUCUUAUUCUAAAAUUGAUACGCCAGAAGAAUAUAAUAUAAAUAGUAGCUAUAAAAUUUUUAAUAUGGAGAAUUAUGAA